UUCACUAGUUGCUGACAGCAAAGCUUCCCUCACCUGACUGACAAAUGCACCAUGUUAUGUGUGAUUCAGCAUCUGCCAACCUCCCCUGGAUUAUCCUACGCCUUCACAGGUCAAUAACUGAAAACAAGCCUCUAUUGCUAGGCUAGCUACUGGACCUAAACUGAUCAUCUCUGACAUUGGCUCUAUCUGUGCUUGUCAUCGCCACAACCAACAAAAUGAUCAUUCUAAAGGACAGCAAGAUGUUCUGUCUACUUGUCGCCUUGACCAUCUGCCUACAGGACCAAUUUGUAGACCAUGUGCAGGCUCAGGAGUGCAGAUUGAUAGGGAAGUUUGAUCUACAUGGAUUUGUAGAAUCUACAGACCAUGAGCUGAUCAUUGGAGGACUGUUUCCUUUUCAUCAAAGGACCAUACUGACCAAUGACACCGAUAUGGAGGAGCCCAAGUCUCCAAAGUGUGAGGGCUUCAAUUUCCGGGCGCUGCGAUGGACUCGAGCCAUGAUGUUUGCGAUUGAUGAAAUUAAUAAGCGCAAGGACAUCCUACCAAGAAUAACCCUGGGGUACCAGAUAUUUGACACAUGUUUUACUAUAUCAAAAUCAGUGGAAGCCACUUUAACAUUCCUAACUGGGCAGAAUGAAACCCAUCCAAACUUUAGGUGCAGUGCUGGAGCUCCCCUGGCUGCCGUGAUUGGAGCAGGAGGGUCUGCGCUAUCCAUCGCUACAGCCAGAAUACUGGGGUUGUACUAUUUUCCACAGGUUGGAUACGCUUCCUCCUGCUCUGUGCUCAGUGAUAAAUUUCAAUUUCCAUCCUUUCUGCGCACUAUACCCAGUGAUUUAUCCCAGUCCAAAGGCUUUGCUGAACUAGUAACAUAUUUUGGAUGGACAUGGGUGGGUACAAUAGCAGCAGAUGACGACUACGGCAAAUAUGGUAUUAAAGUUUUCAAAGAAGAGGUAGAAAAAAAUGGUGUGUGUAUUGCUUUUUCUGAAACACUUCCACGGAUCUACAGCAAAGAUAUUAUAGAUAAUAUUGUUAAAGCAAUACGUCAAUCAUCAGCCAAUGUCAUCGUCAUCUUUUCUUCAGACAUUGAUCUUAGUCCAUUAAUGGAAGCCCUAGCAGAAACUAAUAUCACUGGAAAAACAUAUAUCGCAAGUGAGGCCUGGACUACAUCCGCUCUGAUAGCUAAGCCACAAUUUUUCUCAUUCCUUGGAGGAACAAUUGGCUUUGCGAUUCGUAGAGCAGAAAUACCAGGAUUUGAAGAUUUCCUCUUGAACAUACAUCCAGAGCAUGGCACCGGCACUGAUGACCUAGUCUAUGAGUUCUGGGAAGAGGCCUUUAACUGUACUUGGCCCACCCAGAGAGCAGCCUUUUAUACCAACAUCACUAUAGAAGCAAUUGUUGCAGGUCGAAAAAGAAAUAUUUCUCCACAGCUCUGCACUGGAAAAGAGAAACUUUCCGAUAUUUAUAACACAUACAAGGAUGUGUCAGAGCUUCGGAUCACAUACAGUGUCUAUAAAGCUGUGUACACCAUUGCUAAUGCUCUCCAUGAUUUAGAUAUAUGUGUUAAAGGUUCAGGGCCUUUUCCUGGUAGAGAAUGUGCAAAUUUGCUUGAUUUUGAGCCGUGGCAGCUUAUGUACUAUUUGAAAAACACCAAAUUCACAGUCUUCACAAAUGAAUCCCUAAAGUUUGAUGAAUCAGGAGAUGUGGAUGGCUAUUACGAUAUUUUAAAUUGGCAGUGGCGUGAUAAUAAUACGCUAUCAUUUACUAAAAUAGGACAAUAUAUAUCCAAAUCUUCUGGAGGAUCUAAUGAGCUCAAAAUAGAUAACAGCUCAAUAUUUUGGAAUACACCAAAUGGCCAGGCUCCCCAGUCUGUUUGUAGCAUCAGCUGUAUCCCGGGAUCAAGGAAAGGCAUUAGACAAGGAGAGCCAGUGUGCUGCUUUGACUGCAUUCCAUGUGCAGAUGGAGAAAUUACUAAUGAAACAGAUGCAAGAGAAUGCAUAGCAUGCCUUCCAGACUUCUGGUCCAACACACCAAAGAAUGAGUGUGUUUUGAAGGAAGUGGAGUUCCUGAACACAGAUGAAGCUUUGGGGAUCACACUGAUAUUCUUGGCUGUGUUUGGUGCUUCAUUGGUUAUUGCUUUUACUAUUAUCUAUACAAUUUAUAGGGAUACGGCAUUAGUCAAGGCUAAUGACCGCACUUUGAGUUUCCUAAUUCAAUUUUCACUGGUAUGUACGUUUAUGACAUCUAUCCUUUUUGUAGGAAAACCAGCGGCAUGGUCAUGUAUGGCCCGACAAACUACUCUGGCUCUUGGAUUUUCAUUAUGCCUCUCAAGUAUACUUGGCAAGACUAUUGUUCUGAUGUUAGCCAAACGAGCUGCUAAAGCUAAGAAGGGCAAAAAAGGUGGUAAGGGCAAUAAGGGCGAUAAAGGCGAUAAGGGUGAAAAGGACGAUAAGGGUGAUAAGGAGGAUAAGGGUGAUAAGAGUGAUAAGAGAUUUCAGAUAGUCAUGAAACCACUGUAUCAAAGAAUAGUUGCAGUAACUGGUUUAAUUAUCCAAGUCGGGAUAUGUACGGCUUAUUUGAUCCUGAAGCCACCUUGGGUUUAUAAAAAUAUGGAAUCCCAAAACAUUAAGAUAAUCCUUGAGUGUAACGAAGGUUCCAUUGAAUUCCUGUGCUCUAUGUUUGGGUUUGAUGUUUUUCUUGCUAUCCUUUGCUUUAUAACUUCCUUUGUAGCUCGAAAACUUCCAGACAAUUUCAACGAGGCUAAAUUCAUCACAUUUGGAAUGCUAGUGUUCUUUAUUGUUUGGAUCUCUUUUGUUCCAGCUUACCUUAGCACACGAGGGAAAUUCAAAGUAGCUGUUGAAAUCUUUGCCAUUUUAGCAUCUAGUUUUGGUUUGCUCGGUUGUAUUUAUGUCCCCAAAGGGUAUAUAAUUCUCAUAAAACCAGAAAGAAACACAGAAGAAAUUGUUGGUGGUAAAGGCCUCAUGAAUGAUAAGAGUGCACCAGCAACUUCAGCUUCCAUUACUAGCGAGAUCAACAGCACAACAGUGUCCACAGUUGUGCUUGAUGAUUAAAUUGAUCAUUAAAGGCAUGUGUGAAUGUCUUUUAUACGUUUACCUAAAUGGUACCAGGCAUACUUAAUAACAAUGAAAACAGUGGUAACAUACAGUAAUCCACAGAGACCUUGUAUCAGGGACCUGAAGGUAUAGUGGUGUUUACACAUUUUCUUUCUUUGCUCAUUAUGGCCAGAGCUAAAAAAUGUUUUAAAUGUUUAAUAAUGUUUUCCUUAUUGGUCACAUAAACAUGAAUAUUAAGUUACAAUUACGUAGUCUUUCCAGCCAGAACCUGGAGCUCUGGCCUUCUUUUCACAAUAUAAAGGGCCGUACACAUGGGUCGAAGAUCGGGAAGCAUCAGCGGGCAACAGCCUGCUGGGUUGAACGAAAAAAAAAACUUAUAGUGUGUACCAUGAUUACCUUUCAGCUGUGCUGAUAAUAUCCCCUUGUUUACAGAACUCUAAUGAGUUUUCAGAGUAGAAAUUCCUCUUUACCUCCAUAGUCGGAAGGAUAAGUCUAAAGCCUCGUACACACGACCGAGAAGCUCGACGGGCGAAACACAUCGUUUUGCUCGUCGAGCU